ACACACAUUGAAUCAUAUCCACUCACACACACAUACUUGCCGUGCUUCUCCAGCGUCGUUUUGGUUUUUCCGCCAAUCAAAUUCUGUUACUCCGUUCAGUUUGUGAACCAAGAAGAAGAAGAAUGGCGUUGCCGGUGGUGGUUGACGGCGAUUACCUCAAGGAAGUUGACAAGGCUCGCCGCGAUCUCCGUGCUCUCAUCGCCAACAGAAACUGCGCUCCUCUCAUGCUUCGCUUAGCGUGGCACGAUGCUGGUACUUACGAUGCCAGGACGAAGACCGGUGGACCUAACGGUUCCAUCAGGAACGAGGAAGAGUUUUCUCAUGGCGCUAACAACGGAUUGAAGAAAGCUCUUGAUUUCUGCGAGGAAGUGAAGACCAAAGUUCCUAAGAUUACAUAUGCAGACCUUUACCAGCUUGCUGGUGUUGUUGCCGUUGAGAUUACUGGGGGUCCGACAAUUAACUUUGUUCCUGGAAGGAAGGAUUCGAAGAUAUCUACCAAUGAAGGACGGCUUCCUGAUGCUAAACAAGGUGUGCCACAUCUUCGCGACAUAUUUUAUCGAAUGGGCUUGACUGACAAGGAUAUCGUUGCCCUGUCUGGGGCACAUACGCUGGGAAGAGCACAUCCAGAAAGAUCGGGGUUUGAUGGCCCUUGGACAGAGGACCCUCUAAAGUUUGAUAACUCAUACUUUGUGGAACUCUUGAAAGAAGAAUCUGCUGGGCUGCUUAAACUUCCAACAGACAAGGCUUUGUUGGAGGAUCCUGCAUUUCGUCGUUAUGUUGAGCUGUAUGCGAAGGAUGAAGAAGCAUUUUUUCGAGAUUAUGCUGAAUCCCACAAGAAACUUUCGGAGCUAGGCUUUGUUCCAAGUUCAAAAGCGAGUUCACCUAAGGAUGGGACCAUUCUGUUACAAAGUGCUGUUGGAGUUGUAGUUACUGGUGCAGUGGUGAUCCUCAGUUAUUUGUAUGAAAUUCGCAAAAGAGCAAAGUAGACUUGGAUUUAUUCAUCUCUCCUGGAAGUCAAGUUAGUGGCCCAUAAUGCUGGGUUCAUUUUUGCAGUUGCAGUUUCUGUUUUCUUAGUACAAAUAAGAAUAAAGCUACAAUCUUUAAGUAUAUGAUUGAAUACACUAAAAAUACUACUGAAUACUCCAUUUGACAGCAACAUCAUGGUAUGUUCAUACAAA